UCCGCGUGUCUCCCUUCCCCUGCCUCACCUCGCGCCGAAGAAACCCUAGCGGUGACGACGUCCCUCGCUCCUCUGCUCUCUUAUCCGUUUUUAUUGGGCGAUUCAUUGAUUUCCUUUCUGCUCGCGAUCGGUAGCUGCAUUCGCGGAUUUGGUCCAUCCAAUCGUUGCUGUUUAAUUCUACCUGGGCUUUCCCCCCAUGUACUGAUGGUGAUUUGUGUUGCAGUUCGUGUUUUUGUUCUCAUUUCUUUCCUCCCCUUCUUUUGCAUCGUAUUUUCAGGAUCGAGAAGUUAUUGAGCUAUUGAGGUGUUGAUUGCUUGUGGCGGACUCUAGAGAAUUUUGUUGGUGAUCUGGGGAACUGCUGGUCCGGUUAGGGCUGGCUUCAAUAAUCCAACCAUGGCUCCAGGAGAAGAAUACCGUGCUUUAAGUCAAAGGGGAGGACAAUGCUCUCAGUUCUCUACUAAGUUUCUGCUUGCCUCCCCUUCUUUCCACGGUGGUAGGGGUGCCCUACCUUCGGAUCUGACAUUCCUUUCGGGCGGUGGUGUCAAAGUUAGAUCCGGAUUUGCUUUUACAUUGAUCAUAGUUGGCGUAGUUAAGCAUUGGAGACUUAGAUAAGUAUGUUGUCAGCCAAACAGGUUGAAGGUGAGACGGCCACUCUGAAGCAGAUCAUGAGCUUCGAGCGGUCUAAAAGUCGUCAAUCGCCUCUAAUAGUUAAAAUAAUUGAAGUUGAUUUAUGGAGUUGUCACGAAAAUAGGAAUGCUAACUAAAAAAUGCAGGCAUUAUCACAAAUAUAUAUCGGCUUGGUAUACUUGCAAAAGCUGAUGGCACUUGUGAGGACCUACAAUGCUCUGAGACAGAAGACAGAAUCUUCUGGACAUCAUCCUCCCCUCGCAGUGGGAGAAUCAUGCUCGGAAGGAUCAGUUUAAAUAUGAUUUUACCACUUGCCAAAUAAAGAUGACUACUGGUGGAAAGCUCAUUACUGAAUUGAAUGAAAAUUGGUACUCAAAUAUCAUUGUCGAUGAGAACAAAAUGUUCCAGUCUGUGAGCCCCAACAGAGCAAAUUAUGUGAAACCUCACAGAGAAGAUCUUUUUUAUGUGUGUCAUGUGGAGAAAGGAAGGGCUCUGAGCUUGUUCAUUCAACUGCUGCCUAAAGAUGGAAUUUCAGUUGUCACUAUUGGAUAUGGAUGAAGGGAUGAUCAAAACUGUGGAAUCAUUUCCAACUAUAUGUUUCUGUAGCUGUUGGCAAACAAUAUUUUGAUUGGAUUAUGUUUCUUUUUUUACUUUGUUGAGGAAAUUGGGUUGAGAAGCCUUAAAGGACUAAGAGAUAAAUUGACAGGUAGCUUUUCUGUGAGUACCAGAACAAACAUGGUUCGGGUCCCAGCAGCUCAUGUUGCAUAACGAUCCAGUGCACGAGCCUGUCAAGACUUCAAAGUGCUGCUGCAUGACUUGGCCCCACUCCUGAGAGAGAGAGAGAGAGAAAGGGCAGAGCAACAAUUGAACGCCAUCUGACUCCCCCUUCUCAAAGCCACAUCUCAACUCAGCACAUGAAUACUCUUCAGAUGCACUAACUUCUACAGCUUGGAUGGGGAGCUCCAGUAGCCUCCCAACUCUUUUUAAAGGCUUGCUUCUGAGAAUCCAAAGUCACUCUCAGCCAAAUAUGAAAGGUGCAAUAGUUUUAAUACAUAAAAGCUGGGCUUCACACCAACCCAUGAGAAACUUUUGGAACAGGGAGGAAUCUGCAAAACCAAGAAACCAUGCCAUCUCACACAUCAACUGGCUUUGGAUCAAAGAUUUAGAAUCGGACUCAGCUCAGACCUGAUGGAAACGCAAACUCACAUAUUUGCUUUCCAAGCGAGAAGUACUCUCUCUCCGAUUCACAUGCCAAAUCUGCACCAAAGCCUAACAUAGCGGCAGAAUGCGGUCAAGAAAGAAUGGGUCAGACUUCCUUCCACCUGCCGUGGCCCCAUCCCUGAUUAAAGAUGGACCCACGACACCCACUCCCUUGCUUUCUACAUCCACUUCCCACUACCCCACCUUCGUUUCCUCUUCUUCAGCAUCUUUGAUGAGAAAUGGGGUGUGGUUUUAUCGGGAUCCACCUCCAUUUAUUUAUUAAUAAUAAAAUUGCACAUAUAUAUAUAUAUAUAGUUAGUUAGUUAUUUUCGUAUUUAUCCCCAAAAAUUAAGUUUAACAGACAUAUAAAAUCUAACCUAGGUAUGAGAGGCUUAUCUCUCUUGAUUAUCACAUUUGUAAUAAUAUAUUCUAGAUUAUUAAUGUAGAUAUUAAAGGGAUCCAGUUGAAAAAUCUUUCUCGAUCUCUGGUUGUUCGUAUAAGUGAUACUUUGGAAGUUUGAUAUUUCUAUCUCGAAGUUAUUUCGAGAAUUUGUAAGGAUUUAAAUGUAAAAACAUAAUUAAUUAAUUAAUUAAUUAAUUAGGUGAAUUUUAGUGGUAUUUGGGGUCCGCGAGGCGCGCAGGGCCACUUUGGCGGGUAAAACACACUUGGUGUAUACAAGUAGAACGGACUCCAUGACAAAAGCUACAGAGCUCGGCGAGGACGGAGUGCGACCCCAUUCUACGGUUAGGGUUUUGGUUUCUCUCUCCUUGUGGACCAGAGUUUUCAUUUGUUCUUCCUCCUCUCUUCUCUUGCCUGGUGUCGUUUCUAGGGUUUUUCUCCUCCUCCUCCUCCUCCUUCUAUGUUCUGUAUAUUGGUAGUUUUGUUCUUGUAGAGGAAGGGGGAAGCAGGGAUCUUUUGCGGGCCCGCGCCAGAGAUUGCUGCGGGUUCAAAGCUGGGAGCAUUUCUUGGUUCUGGCCCCCUCGCGGCCGUGGAGUUGCUGUUAGCCCUCUUACUCUGACCCCAUUCCUUGUCCCAGAGAGGGAAAAGCUACGCCCUUCCUCUCCUUGCUGCUGAAUCAUUGUUUCCCUCGAGAAGUCGUCAUCUUUAGCUGUUUGUGACUUGGAUCUUUGGAGAAGCUGCAAUUUUUGUGCUCCAAUCUUACUUAGAACCCCAUUUCUACUUGAAAGUGGGAAUCUUUUACGCUUCUUUGGCUGGUGGGAGAUUUCGGUUGCUGUAAAGAGUGAAGAAAUGGCAGAUCGCUGCUGUAGUAGCAAAUGCUGCGUCUUUGGCACUCUAGACUUAGGUGAAAUGGUGUGACUAAAGGUUUUAAAAGCCGUUCUUUGGUUUUCUUUCUGUUGUUCGACUACAAGUACUAGUAAAUGGAGCUCCUUAAAAGAAUCUUGCUUCUGUUUCUGCUUGCAAUCCCUUCCUCGUCGCAGCUACCUUCACCAGAUAUCCUAGCUCUCCUUGCAUUCAAGAAGGGUAUAACCCACGACCCGACGGGCUACAUCAUGGGAUCUUGGAACGAGGAGUCCAUUGAUUUCAAUGGCUGCCCUGCAUCCUGGAAUGGCAUAGUCUGUAACGGUGCAAAUGUCGCUGGCAUUGUUCUUGACAAUCAUGGCAUUUCUGGCCAUGCUGACCUAUCUGUCUUUGCUAACCUCACAGUGCUCUUGAAGCUCUCGAUGACAAAUAACAACCUUUCAGGGAAUUUGCCAGACAAUGUGGCCGCCUUCAAGAGCCUGGAGUAUCUCGAUAUCUCCAACAAUGCUUUCUCCGGUGAGCUACCAUCAGGAAUCGGUAAGCUUCGUAGCUUGCAAAACCUUACCUUGGCUGGGAACAACUUCAUAGGGCCGUUGCCUGACUCCAUUGGUGGGUUGGCAUCAAUCAAAUCUCUUGAUUUGAGUCGAAACCUUCUAUCUGGUCCUUUGCCGGUGGCAUUGAAAGGUCUCAGGAACUUGGUUUACUUAAACCUCUCUUAUAAUGCUUUUAGCAGAAGUAUCCCAACUGGUCUGGCUCUGCUUUCCACACUAGUAUCUGUUGAUCUAAGCUGGAACCAGCUGGACGGUAGUGUUGAUUGGAACUUUCUUAUGCAGACCGCAAGUGUUCAUGUUGAUUUCAGUGGGAAUUUGCUAACUUCAAGUUCAAAGGAGCUGAGGGCUUUGUCAGAUAUCUCAGAGACCAUAUUGUAUUUAAAUCUCAGUAACAACGGAUUGACUGGGUCACUGAUUGAAGGAGUUGGAAUUGCUAAUUUUGGAAACUUGAAGGUAUUGGAUUUAAGCUGCAAUCAGCUAUAUGGAGAGCUACCAGGGUUUAAUUAUGUCUAUGAUCUUGAGGUUCUGAGGCUACGGAACAACAGGUUCACUGGUUUCUUACCGAGUGGACUUCUCAAAGGAGAUUCUCUAGUUUUAAGUGAAUUGGAUUUGAGUGCAAACAAUCUAACAGGGCAUAUUAACAUGAUCACAUCGACAACUUUGCGGAUCCUUAAUCUUUCCUCUAAUGCUCUAUCUGGUGAGCUUCCUGUGGUCCAAGGAAGCUGUCAAGUGCUUGAUUUAUCAGAUAAUCAGUUUAAAGGGAACUUGUCUCUAAUUGCUAAGUGGGGAAAUGAUCUUGAGUACAUUGACCUUAGCCAGAAUCUGUUGAUGGGGCCGAUUCCAGAUGUAACCUCCCAGUUCCUGCUACUUAGUUAUCUGAACUUCUCCCAUAAUGCUCUGGUGGAGACUAUCCCUGAAGUUCUUGUUCAGUUUCCCAAGCUUACCAUCCUCGAUCUCAGUUCUAACCAGCUCAGUGGUCCUAUUCUGAAUGACCUACUAGCCUCCUCUACCUUGCAAGAGCUUCAUCUUCAGAACAAUAUGCUUUUUGGUGACAUCGUACUCUCACCAUCUUUUUCCAACAACUCCAACCUUCGUGUGCUUGAUAUAUCUGGAAACCGCUUUAAUGGUAGCUUUCCUGAAAAUCUAGAAUCCUUGACUGGCCUCCAAAUCCUGGACAUCUCUGCGAAUAAUUUUGCUGGUACAUUGCCACCUGCUGUUACAAAACUCAUUUACCUUUCGUCCCUUGAUAUAUCCCUUAACCAUUUCACUGGUUCCUUGCCGUCGACACUGCCUGACACGCUGGUAUACUUCAAUGCUUCCUUCAAUGAUCUAUCUGGAACUGUCCCAGAUAACCUCAGAAAGUUUCCAGAUUCUUCUUUUCAUCCAGGAAAUUCCAGAUUGGAGUUCCCUAGUGGUCUGCCUGGAACUGCUAAUUCUCAACCUGAAAGUCCUAGUCACAGGCCAUUUAGAACUUUUCUCAAAGCUGCAAUCAUUGCCGCAUGUGUUGUUGUCAUGGUUAUUCUAAUCCUCUUAGCCAUAAUUUUGCAUUACAAGAGAGCUUCAAGUAGAUCUGGAUCAGAAAAUCUUUCGGACAAGAAGGUUUAUACUAGGAGUCUGCCAGAAACUACUGGAAGCAAAAGCAGGGACUCUGGUGGCUCAGUGGUGAUCUCAGCUGAUGAUCUUAUAGCUCCCCAUAAAGGUUCUUCAUCUGAGAUGAUCAGUCCAGAAGAAAAAAUAACUGCAGUUGGUGGGUGUUCACCAUCCAAGAACAGCCGCUUUUCAUGGUCACCAGAUUCUGGUGAUAUUUAUGCGCAAGAAAAUCUUGGAAGGUUGGAUGUCCGUUCACCUGAUAGACUGGCAGGUGAUUUACAUUUCUUGGAUGAAACAAUUACAUUGACACCAGAGGAACUAUCUAGAGCACCAGCAGAAGUGUUGGGAAGGAGCAGCCAUGGGACUUCUUACAGGGCUACACUUGAUAAUGGGGUAUUCUUGACGGUGAAAUGGCUUAGGGAAGGAGUGGCAAAGCAGAAGAAAGAAUUUGCUAAAGAGGCAAAGAAAUUUGCAAACAUCAGGCAUCCUAAUGUGGUAGGAUUGCGUGGAUACUACUGGGGCCCUACCCAACAUGAGAAACUCCUAUUAUCGGAUUACGUGUCACCCGGAAGCCUUGCUAGUUUUCUAUAUGAUCGAGCUGGGAAGAAAGGCCCAACACUAACCUGGGCUCAGCGGCUCAAAGUUGCAGUCGACGUUGCACGUGGCCUCAACUAUCUCCAUUUUGACCGAGCCACUCCUCAUGGCAACCUUAAAGCAACAAACAUACUACUUGAUGGUCUCGAUCUCAAUGCGCGUGUUGCAGAUUACUGCCUUCACCGCCUGAUGACUCAAUCAGGAACAGUCGAGCAGAUCCUCGAUGCUGGGGUGCUGGGGUACCGUGCGCCGGAGUUGGCAGCAUCCAAGAAGCCAUCCCCAUCCUUCAAAUCGGACAUCUAUGCAUUCGGAGUGGUUCUGCUGGAGCUGUUGACAGGCAGAUGCGCAGGGGAUGUGAUCUCAGGGGAGGAGGGAGUUGUCGAUCUAACAGACUGGGUCAGGUUUAGGGUGGCAGAAGGGCGUGGGUCAGAUUGCAUCGAUCCUGCGAUGGCUGCCGAUGUCGACAAUCCGGUCGCAUCCAAGGGUAUGAAAGAGAUGCUAGGAAUAGCUCUGAGAUGUAUCCGCCCGCUCUCGGAGCGACCAGGUAUUAAGUCUGUUUACGAGGAUCUCUCAUCCAUAUGAGCUCUAGCUGAGCGAUUUGUGCAGGACUUUAUUUAACUUUUAGGUCAUUCAAAAUGGCUGGUGUUAUAUCAAUGCUGAGCAUUUUGAGCUUGUUAAGAGAGAUCACUCACCAGUUGUAGUUUGUGUAGAUUUGUGUUCUAGAAUGUAAUUCAGUCUAAUACUAGUCAAGAGCUCAUGAUCAUUUGUGGUAGUUUUGCUGCUAUUGAUCUCAUUAGCUAGUGAGAUAUAAUUGAGUCCUUUUUUUUCUCA